ACAGCGGUGGCUCAGAGCCCGGAUGGAGCGGCCAUUGGGGAAGUGUACAGGGCUGUAACGUAACUGAGGGGCUUCUCUCUGGAAUGAAAAGUGACUCGAGAAGAUAGGAUUUAACGGGACCUCAAGAGCCUCGCGGUGAUAUCCUCCUCAAUUAAAAGAUACAGCUCACGGACUUGGCUGCUGUCGGAGACUCCAACUGUGGAAGUUAGCAUCUGGCUAAAGCGGCACUGCUAAGCGUCUGAGCUGGGAACUUGCUUCUACAUCCCAGGGAUUUUGAGAUCCGGUCACAAGCUCAGGCUCUGUGCGAAUCCAGGGAGUUGCUUCAUGAAUUAUGUCUACCACAAGCAUUGACCCUCAGAGAUCAAAGGGACAAGCAUCUAAAGUGCAAAAUGGUUCGCUGCAUCAGAAGGAGACUGUCCAUGACAAUGACUUUGAGCCAUACCUCACUGGUCAAUCAACUCAGAACAACAGCUACCAGUCCAUCACUGACCCAUACCUGUCAAGCUACUACGCACCCUCGAUUGGAUUUCCUUACCCUCUCAGUGAGGCUCCCUGGUCCACAGGAGGGGACCCCCCUAUUCCUUACCUCACCCCUUACGGACCCUUGAGCAACGGCGACCAUCACUUCAUGCCUGAUACUGUUUUCGGACAGCCGGGGGGCUUGGGAAGCAGCAUCUACCCUCACAGGUUUAAUUUCUUCCCAGAAAAUCCUGCCUUCUCUGCUUGGGGCACUAGCGGCUCCCAGGGCCAGCAGACUCAAAAUUCAGCCUAUGGGGGCAGCUACAGUUACCCGCCGAGCUCUCUGGGUGGCACCCUGGUGCCUGAUGGUCAGACUGGCUUUCACAGUGACACCCUGAAUAAAGCCCCUGGCAUGAACAGCCUGGAGCAAGGUAUGGUUGGUUUAAAGCUUGGUGGCGACGUGACCGGCCAAGGGUCUGGGGUUAAGGCAGUGGGGUCUGUGAUAGGUGGCCCUGCGGUGGCGGCCACGGGAAAUGGGGCGACACCCAUCGGUAUGCCUCCACCCAAGCCCACCUCCUGGGCCGCCAUCGCCAGCAAACCAGCCAAACCUCAGCAACUAAAAGCGAAGGUGAAACCCGGUAUGCCCAAUCCGGGGGGCGCGCUUCCUCCGCCCCCCAUCAAACACAACAUGAACAUUGGGACCUGGGAGAAGGGGCCUGUGACGAAAGUAGCCACAGCUCCUCUGCAGCAACAGCAGCAGCCUCUUGGUCUGCCUCAUGCCAUGCAGCCUCAGCCCCCCAUGCAGCAAGGACCCAUGCAACCUCCCCCUCCUCAGUCCUUGGUGCAGCCCCAGAUGCAGCCUAUGGCCUUACAACCCCAACCACCCCACCACCAGCACCAUCAGCCCCCGCCUCAGUCCUACCAAAAUCACACCCAACCCCCACAACCGCAGACCCGCUGGGUCGCCCCGCGAAACCGCAACCAAGGGUACGGUCAGGGAGGCCUGGGCCCGGAUAACGGCAUCAUGGGGAUGGUCGGCGGUGGCAACGGCGGCCCUCUAUCUUCUCUGAACCAGGGGCCUGGUAUGGAGUCGCACCCUGUGCUAGAGAAGCUACGGGCCGCACACAGUUACAACCCCAAGGACUUUGAGUGGAAUCUGAAGAACGGCCGCGUGUUCAUCAUCAAGAGCUAUUCCGAGGAUGACAUCCAUCGCUCCAUCAAGUACUCCAUCUGGUGCAGCACCGAGCAUGGAAACAAGCGGCUGGACUCGGCUUUCCGGGCCAUGAACGGCAAGGGCCCGGUCUAUCUGCUCUUCAGUGUUAAUGGUAGCGGCCAUUUUUGCGGCGUGGCAGAAAUGCGCUCGCCGGUGGACUAUGGCACCAGUGCAGGUGUUUGGGCUCAGGACAAGUGGAAGGGCAAAUUUGACGUGGACUGGUUGUUUGUCAAGGACGUGCCUAAUAGCCAACUGCGCCAUAUUCGACUGGAGAACAACGACAAUAAGCCAGUGACCAACUCCCGCGACACCCAGGAAGUUCCUCUGGAGAAGGCCAAGCAGGUGCUGAAGAUCAUCGCCACCUACAAACACACCACCUCCAUCUUUGAUGACUUCUCCCACUAUGAGAAGAGGCAGGAAGAGGAGGAGGAAGUGCGCAAGACCUUUGAACCUCCUCAAAUACAGAGCCGUUCCCGGUUGGAUCAGGAGCGCCAGAACAGGAGUAAACAAUAGAAGACAUUUAUCCAUGGCUUGAUCAACCGUUACACUAGGACUUUUGAUUUAAAGAGACAGAACAUGAAAAUGCAACCAAGCCCUUCAUUUUUAUUUUCUAUUCGGGGGAAAUCUCUGCCAUCGUCCAGACUCUCUUUCGCCCAAUGGUCCACCCACCUCUUGUGCAGGGAAAACAAGCUGAGUUAAUGUCUCACCAGUCACUGCUUCAGUCUUUUUUUUUUUUUUUUUUUUCUUCCUGCGAUCACAUCCAGUACUCUUCUCUCACCAGACUGAUCUCUCUGCCCCGUCCCCACCCCCACUCUCCUCCUUCCAACUGAAUCAGGGUUUGACUGCACCGUGGAGAAUUAAAAUAUAUAUAUAUACAGUAUAUCUGCCACUUUAUAUUUCAGUACAAUCAGGAACGUUUAUGUCCUGCCUCUAUUUGUCCACUCGGGGGCAGCAUUGCCAUGCUUCAGAGGUGAAACUGUGCCAACAGGGUUGGAGGAGCCAAAGGCCCUUAGUCGGACUUGGAACUGUGCGAAAGUAGAACCCCAAUGGUUUAUCUAUUUUUCAUUCAGAUUGACAAAAUCUCUAUUUUUUUGGCUUACUACUGACAGUUUUCAUUUCAGAAACCUCUCUUCUGGAGCCUUAAUGAUUUUUUUUUUCGUUGUCCUAAUUAUUGAUGACUUCUCAAAAAUGAACUACUCAAAACAGUGACACUGCUGGAGAAAUCAGGGAUAGUGUGUGAAGUCACACAGGACUUGAAACAUUUCAGAGGAGGAGUCGCAAAGGCCUCUGGGAACGAACUAACUGACAAACCGAACUCACCGUUUAGAUCAAAAAUUGUACUUGGUUCACAGCCCUCUGCUUCGUGCUCUCGUUGUGUUCUCGUCGAGAAGGGAUUUAUAUUGAGAUUGGCGUCAGGAGAUCCUGUCUGUCCAAGAGAGAACUGUCGCAUCUGCCAUUUUAAAUUGUUUUACAAUCAGUUGUGUCGAUGUAAAGUGCUACGAUGAAUUACUUUUGCUCAGAAAAAAAAUGGGGGGAGGGGUUAACAUAUUUGUCAUUCUGUCUCAAUCCUCUGUUAUUUUCUUUUCUUUGAAUUUGGAUUUUUGCUAUCAUGUUGGCUGUAAUGCUAAGCUUUAACGUAGGAGCCUAUAUAUUAAUGGAGAAAGCCUAAAAAUGUAUAACCUUAAUAAUUACUGUAACUGAUUUACUAUCGAGAAAGAAAAAAAUAAUUACAUGUGGUUUCUGUGUGUUUUUUGGUUGUUACACGAAAAAAAAAAUACUUUGGAGAGGGGAUAUAAAGUGGUUUCAGGUAUGUUGAUGCUUGAAAGGAAACAUUUUUGUUGUCUGAAUAUUGAGAGUGACGAUGCUAUGGUUUGGAAGUGUCCUCAUGUUCCUCCUCGUCAAAACCAAAAGUCAUUUGAAAACCCAAAAACCAGCCGGUUCUCUCUCACCUUCGGGUCUGUUAACAGUGUCGCCGCGUGUAAGUAUUUCAGGGCGCUACCAGGAGGAGUGUCCCUAUUAAACAGAAGUGGAUGUCUUGUUUGUUUUGAGGGAUGAUCUCUGUGGUGGCGUUUUCUGUCUGGGCUCACCUAGCGCUUGAAAUAGGAAGUUGUUUUCUAGGGGAAGAAAUGGAGUCAAGUCAGCCUUUUGAAGCGAGAAAAUAUUAUUUAAUGUUGAAGAAUAGUCAACUGAAAAAACAGUGCUGUCGUGGGUACUUCAGCUUGUUCAACAGAAAAUCAUCUCUUGACCAAAAUCAAGCCUUAAUAAAGAGUCAGUUUGUUUUCAUCUCAUGAAUUAGGCGCCUUUGAUGCACUUAAAACUGACUAUUAAAUAAUAAAAGGACACUCAUCAUUAAGAGGUGGAUACUGCAGAGUGACGAACGCAUCGCAAUUCUGGUAGGAGUCUGCAUCCUAAUUUGGUCAUCUUUGUUUAGACUGCAGCACGAACGUCGACGAAUGACGGGUGGCUCGUAUAAGGAGCUCUCCAUGGUGCUGACUAGACGUGAUCGAAAGUAUUUGUUUAAUGCGUCCAGAGGAGAAAAUGGGUGAUUAAAU